CUGCCUACCCCGGCAGUGUCUGGGCUCACCGUCUCCCAUCUCCCCUUUCCCUCCACCCCUAUACACAUCUUACUAUCAUCACCACCAUCACUGUGCCCCGCCACCACCAGUCCUGAGGAACUAUCCAGCAAAAGGCGGAGACUUCUAUCCAGGAGAGAUGGGAGGACGAGGAGUAUUCCAUCUACUGCUGAUGUGCUUAAGCCCAGCACUGCUGUCCGCUGUGCGGAUAAAUGGGGAUGGACAGGAAGUCUUGUAUCUGGCUGAAGGUGAUAAUGUUCGUCUUGGUUGCCCCUACAUUCUGGACCCUGAGGACUAUGGCCCCAGUGGAUUGGACAUUGAAUGGAUGCAGGUCAACUCAGACCCUGCACAUCGGGAGAAUGUGUUCCUCAGUUAUCAGGACAAGAGGAUCAACCAGGGCAGCCUGCCCCACCUUCAGCAGAGGGUUCGAUUUGCAUCUCCAGACCCUAGUCAGUAUGAUGCCUCCAUCAACUUAAUGAACCUCCAGGUUUCUGACACAGCCACCUAUGAAUGCAGGGUUAAGAAGACCACCAUGGCUACCCGAAGAGUCAUUGUUACUGUCCAAGCCCGGCCUGCAGUACCCAUGUGCUGGACUGAGGGGCACAUGACCUAUGGGAACGAUGUGAUGCUCAAAUGUUUUGCCAAUGGGGGCACUCCACCCCUCUCCUACAAGUGGGCCAAGAUCAGUGGACGUACCCAUCCCUACCGGGCCAGCUCUUACCUCUCACAGCAUAACUACCACUCAGAACUUUCCUACCAGGAAUCCUUUCAUAGCUCUGUGACUCAUGGCCUCAGCAAUGGUGACCUGCUGCUGAAGGACAUCUCCGGGGAGGAUGAUGGUCUAUACCAGUGCACAGUGGCUAACCAUGUGGGUUACAGUGUGUGUGUAGUGGAAGUGAAGGUAUCAGACUCCCGCCGUAUAGGCAUGAUCAUCGGGGCAGUACUGGGCUCCUUGCUGCUCCUAGCCUGCCUCCUUCUCGGCAUCUGGGGGCUCGUCUGCUGCUGCUGCGGGGGUGCCGGGGUCAGCCGUGGCGCCUUCGGUUACGGCAACGGCGGCGGGGUCGGCGGCGGGGCCUGCGACAUGGCUAGUGAGAUCAGAGAGGAUGCAUUGGCACCAGGGUGCAAGGGCACCAGGCGGGGCGGUAGCGUCACACACCUUCUAGGCUACCCGACACAGAACAUCAGCCGGUCGCUGCGCAGAAAGUACGCAGCUCCCUGUGAGGGGCCUGAGGAUGUGCCCUUGGCGUCCUGUGGGGUGACUGUUGUGCCUGCCAAUGCCACCUCCGUCAGUGCCCCCUGCGAAGCAGGUCCCUCUCCUAUCUACGUCAAAGUCAAGAGCGCUGAAUCUGGGGACUGUGGAGAGGGGCAGGUGAAGGCCAAGGAUGGUUAUUUGGUAUAAGCAUCAGCCAUGCCACCCAAGUGGCACCUUUCCCCAGGUGGGCACUUCAUUCCCCCCUACCACCCUAGAUUGCUGUUUGGGGGUACAAGUGAAGGGAGGAAUGGGGCUCUUUGCCUAAAGCUAGAGACAUUCGAUCCCAUGAUGCCCACCUCACUGUGCCUGCACCUCCAUCUGACUGGCUGAAGACUUUUCCUUAGCCUGAAUGUAGCAAUAAAUAACAGCCUGUGCCCUCCCUGAGAAGCUAGGAGUGCUGAUUGGAGCAAGGGAAAAGAGAUGUCCCUUGAACCUUCCCUGCAGCCUUGUGAUCUUUAUGACUACAGGGGGAAAAGGAGGAGAGGGAUAGGGAAAGGGAGGACAAAGAAAGGUCUAGUGUCAGAGAAAGGACUGAGGCAUGAAGAUCUUGUGUCCUCAGCUAAGGCAGAGGGCCCCAAUGUGGGGAGGCUGGGGAUGGGGUGGGGAAUGGGGGAGAAUAAAAGACUGGAUAUUUUGUGUCUGAGAGUCCUGGGCCAAAAGGCAGAAGUAUAAGAAUAAUAAAUAAACUACAAGUU